UCCACUUUCAGUCUAUCGAUUACUGCUCGCACAUUCGUAUCGACAAAGUGGCGAAGUAUGUUGGAACAAAUUUUUAUCACUGAUGAUUUGGAGAAAGAUCCGCAGAAGGGAGUCAACUCACCCAUGCGAGAAUUCUUACGGGGGAAAACCGUUUUCCUCACCGGCAGUACCGGCUUUUUAGGCAAACUGUUUAUAGAGAAACUGGUACGAUGUGAAGUGAGUGAAAUUGUUCUACUGAUCCGUGGGAAGAGAGGACGAACUCCUCGCGAGCGACUGCAGCGACAGUUCGAACGUGAAGUUAUUUACACGGGAUACACGAGGAAUCCGGAUCGCUACUGGAACCGAAUCAGAAUAAUGGACGGAGCCCUGCACCACAACGACCUCGGGUUGUCGGAGGUUGACCUCGAUUACUUGUACAGUAAGGUCAACGUAAUCAUUCACUCCGCAGCGGAUGUUCGAUUCGAUGUGUCACUGAAAACCAGCCUCAUGACUAACGUGUUUGGAACCAAUGAAUUGCUCAAGCUGGCACUCGGUAUGAAGAAGUUACUAUCCGUUGUGCACAUCUCGACCGCUUACUCGAACUGCAUCCAGGAAGUUGUGGAGGAGAAGUUUUACCCCUUCGAUGUGGAUCCUAUGGUGAUGAUCCGCUUGGCUGAAAUGGCCGACGAGGAACACCUUGAUGCUUGCUGUAACAAAAUUAUUCACCCGUGGCCCAAUACGUACACGUACGCGAAAAUGCUGUCUGAACAGGUGGUUCGCGGUUAUUGUGGCAGACUGCCGGUAGCGGUGAUUAGACCGUCAAUUGUGACCUCCACUAUGGAGGAUCCCAUCGAGGGCUGGACAGACAAUGUUUACGGACUCAACGGAGUGAUAGUGGGCGUGGGUAGUGGGGUGCUACGGAUACUGCAUCUAAACCAGGAUUGUCACGUCGAUUUCGUUCCCGCCGAUCUGGUUGUAAAUUCCUGCCUCGCGCUGAGUUGGUACACAGCAGUUCACCAGAGCGACGAACCCCCUAACGAGGACGAAAUCGUCUUCAACUGCACCAGUCGGUCGGACAAUCCGUUCACCUACCGAAAUGUCUACCAGUACUCGGAAUCGUUCAGAGCAAAGAUCCCCACGCUACGAUCGUUGUGGUAUCCUACGUACAACAUUACGGAGUCCGCUACGAUGUGCAAUGUGUUGCAGUUUUUCUACCACUUCCUGCCAGCGCUGCUGUUCGAUUCGAUGGCCCGAUUGAAAGGGAUAAAACCGAAGGUAUUGUUUCUCUACCGUAAGGUGCAACAGUUCGCCGAGGUACUCCAGUUCUUCACCACGAAUGAGUGGGAAUUCGAGAACACAAGGAUGCGUCAGGUGUACGACAGUAUGGUGCAGGACGACAAGGAGUACUUCCCGGCGGACGUGAAGGCGAUAGACUGGGGAGAUUAUUUCAACAUCUACUUGCUUGGCUUGCGCAAGUACAUCAUCGGCGAGAGUUUGGAUAAUUUGGAGCAGGCAAGACGGAGACAUACGAUGUUGAAAAUUGCACACUAUCUGCUACUGGCAUUGAUCUAUUUUGCGUUUGCGUAUGUGGGAUACGUACUGCUUAGAUGGACGCCAAUGAAAGCAGGAUUCGAGAGGAUUAGCGAUAUAAUUCGGAUUAUGUGAGACGAUUGGAACAGGUAGUGAAACUAGUGUGUUAUAUGCUCGCUAAAUGU